AUGUCAAAUAGCAAUGAAGUACCAAUGGGAGUGAACAAUUUCGGUGAUUUACAUUCGGUCGGAAAUUGCCACGAGGAAUGUUUAGGUUGUAUUGAACCUCGUUCGGCAGUCAGUUGUUUUACUUGCAAACAUCUUACCCAAUCAUUAAGAAAUCGUGCAGGAUUCAAAUGUGUAGCGCGAUGUGACGAAGGUUUCUUUGUCGAAAAUGACAAAUGUCGUGCGUGCAGUCCAAAUUGUAAAACAUGCUCAAAGGCAGAGCAAUGUACUACUUGCCCAGGAGCAAUGUUUCUAAUUGAUGUGGACCAUUAUGGUCAUUUAGACCAUGGCCAGUGUGUUAAAAAAUGUCCUGCUGAAUUGGAACCUGACUAUACAAGUGCAGUACAAGCUCGAUGUGUACUAAAAAAGAACAGAUGCUCUGAAGGAUAUUAUGAAACUGUAACUUAUCAAUGCAAAGAAUGUGAUGAAGCAUGUCGCACAUGCCAUGGACCAGGACCUCUUCAGUGUGACUCAUGUUCUGCCAAUUAUAGUAACCUUUCUGUUGGCUAUUGUAGACCAUGCUGUGGUCACGAUGAAGCUCCUAUGGAUCAUCACUGUGCAAUGGCUUCGGAUCGAUCAGCUUGGAAACAUCUUACCCUUGUUACCAGCGAAGCCAGCUUAACCAGUAACGAUUAG